CACAAUGCUUUUCGGCAUCUACGUCAUCAACGUGCGUUAUUUUGAAAGUGGUGAGCUGGCUUUGGAUCAUAGACAGUAGCUUUGGAUAGCGGGUGGAUUCUUCGGUUAUAAUUUUGCCCUCCUCCAUCCCACAAUCCUCUGAACCAUGACCAAGCUUCUGGAGUGGCUUCUUGGUUGUUCGCUGAUAGGCAUGGCAUGGGGACUCGUUACCUUUGACCUUCUGGAUUUGCAGCUGCCUCCCCAGUACAGAGAGCUGGCGUGGCCGAUGCCUGUGUAUCUGCUGGUGGCGUUCGGCUGUUAUUCUCUGGCAACUGUCGGCUACCGUGUGGCCACAUUUAAUGACUGUGAGGACGCAGCCAAGGAGCUGCAAACGCAAAUAAAGGAAGCCAGAGCGGACUUGAAGAAGAAGGGACUGAAGAUGUGAGAAUUAAAUGCAGCUCCUGUUUUUUCUUCAUAUACAAAUGCAAGUCUCAUGUUAACUUUCUGCCCGACAUUUCCUCUACAUUGACACUAGGCUAAUUCCAUGGAUGUCUGCGCUAUAAUAUGCACUCAAAGCUGCCCAGCUUGGUUCAAGUCUUUAUUUCAACAUGAUGUAAAUGAUGGUUUGAACUAUAGCCUAAACACCUGUGAAUGAUCUAUUUCCAGCUUCAGAACAGGCUUAUUUAGAAAAUUGCAGGCACAUUCAUGUAUUGUCAAUGCAGAGCAGUGCUAUUUUUGUACAACCUCUAGUCCAGAGUGUGUGUGUUUGCAUUGGCCUGGGAAUGAAUAUGUCUUUUUUGACCCAGAUGUUUUUAACAGAGUCAGAAUUCUGAGUCAGACUUAGAAACAAACCCGCUAUGUUGAUUCACGCUUGAACAAGGGUAGCGUUAAAAGAUGUGGAAUAGGAUUUUGAUGUAAAAUGUAAAAUUGAUUGUGUUGAGGCUCACACGCUGUUGUCCCUUUUACCUUAAAUUAGGGUUUAAAUUUGUAAAUUCAAUCCAAGUAAUUUAAAGCACAGUAUGGGUCAAAAACAUUUAAUCUUGUGGUCCAUAUUAAAUGAAGUGACCUGCUUGUGUAUUGAAAAUAAUGCACAGAUGAAAACUGUUUUUCCUCUUAAGACAUUCCACAUGUUGAAAAUGUUUGAUA